AUGGGAAAGUCUCAGUCCAAGCUCUCUCAAGAGCAACUUGUUGAGCUUCAAAAGUCGACGCACUUUGACAAGAGGGAACUCCAGCAAUGGUACAAGGUCGCUGCUCGAUUUCAGUCCUUCUCGCGCAUGGCCGCACCGUGUCGCUUCCUUAAGGACUGCCCCUCAGGCCUCCUUUCAAAGGAAGAAUUCCAGAAGAUUUACAGACAGUUCUUCCCCUUUGGCGAUCCCAGCUCCUUCGCAGAUUACGUCUUCAACGUGUUUGACAGUGACAAGUCGGGCACGAUUGAUUUCAAAGAGUUUAUCUGCGCCCUCUCCGUCACGAGCCGCGGCAAGAUGGAGGACAAGCUCGACUGGGCAUUCCAACUGUACGACAUUGAUGGGGAUGGUAAGAUUAGUUACGAGGAGAUGUUGAAGAUCGUUGAGGCGAUAUACAAGAUGGUCGGCUCGAUGGUGAAGCUUCCCGAAGACGAAGACACUCCGGAGAAGCGCGUGAGGAAGAUCUUCCGCAUGAUGGACAAGGAUGAGAACGGCAGCUUAGACAUUCAGGAGUUUAAGGAAGGCAGCAAACGUGACGAGACCAUUGUCUCGGCGCUCUCGCUGUAUGAUGGUUUGGUAUAG